GGCCGAUCGCAACGGUUCGGAAGGAGUCGGACGUAGAGGAUUAACUUGAAGCGGAAUUUUAUUUUUGCACCUCAAAUAAAGCCAAAUCUGCAAGCUUAUUGUUACUGAGACCCGUUGACUUUUAAUGGGACGAAUGGAAAAUUUAUAACCUCUUCUCUUACCAGUCUAUUGGAGCCCUGAGAGAUUUUAAUCACCAUCGCAUUUUGGAGGAGGUAAUCAGCGAUUAGCUUAGCACGCUGGCGCGAGCGCGGACUGAAAUGAGCGUUGCGCGCCUCGGAUGUUCCUGCAUCGGAGCUUGCUGAAGCAGAAGGCCUCAAAUGGGAAAAACAAGCAUCGGGAGGGAAUACCAAGUAUAAUUUUGUAGAUGUAGCUCACGUUUUGGAGUAGGAUUCCUUGGACUUUGCAGCACAUCUUCAGCAUUUUUAGCUGGAUUUUAACCUUUCCCAUCUGAAGACGGCCAUGGAAUCGACGGUCGAUGACGAUGCGAUGGAAGCGUGAAUGAGGUUUGGCGUGGCAAUAGCUGAACGAUGCCCAAGGGUGGGGGUUCUAAAACCCCCCAGCUGGAGGACUUCCCACUCAGCACCGACAUGGUGGAAAAGCAGGGUGGGAAGAAGGAUAAAGACAAAGGCUCGUCAAACAAGACUCCUAAAUUGGACCGCAGCGAUGGUGUCAAAGAGAUGAAAGAGAAAGCUCCUAAGAGGAAGCUGCCCUUCACCGUCGGAGCCAAUGGAGAUCAGAAAGAUUCUGACUCUGAAAAACAAGGUCCAGAGCGGAAGCGCAUUAAAAAAGAGCCCACUAACACCAGGAAGUCAGGCCUGCCGUUUGGGAUGGGCAUGCCAGGGAUCCGGGCCGGGUACCCACUCUCAGAGCGGCAGCAGGUGGCUCUUCUCAUGCAGAUGACGGCGGAGGAGUCCGUAAACAGUCCAGACACAACACCAAAGCACCAGUCACAGUCAAGUCUGGGUCAGAAGGGAACGCCAAACUCUGCCUCAAAAACCAAAGACAAAGUUAACAAGAGAAACGAGAGGGGUGAGACAAGGUUGCACCGGGCAGCCAUUCGUGGAGAGGCACGCCGCAUAAAGGAGCUCAUCAAUGAGGGGGCUGACGUGAAUGUAAAAGACUUUGCAGGCUGGACCGCACUACAUGAGGCUUGUAACAGAGGGUAUUAUGAUGUGGCCAAACAGCUGCUGGCAGCCGGGGCCGAGGUUAACACCAAGGGCCUGGAUGAUGACACACCUCUACAUGAUGCAUCUAACAAUGGCCAUCUCAAAGUUGUGAAGCUGCUGUUACGAUAUGGAGGGGAUCCUUGUCAAAGCAACAGAAGAGGAGAGACUCCAUUAAAAGUGGCAAAUUCACAAACAAUGCUUAAUUUGUUGUUGGGGAAAAUUACCUACUCCUCCAGUGAGGAGAGUUCCUCAGCAGAUUCUUCUGAAGAGGAAGAUUCCCCAUCAUUUGCCCCAUCCAGCUCUGUCGAUGGCAAUAAUACGGACUCAGAGUUUGAGAAGGGCUUAAAAUUAAAAGGGAAGGGCAUGGACCCACCCAAAUCCACCACCACUCCAGUCAAGGAUGAGUACGAGUUUGACGAGGAUGAUGAGGAGGAGCGUGUCCCACCUGUGGAUGACAAGCACCUGCUCAAGAAAGAGUUCCGCAAGGACCCCGUCAGCAAAACAAACAACUUAAUCUCCAUACCCAAGAUGGAGGUCAAAACCUAUUCCAAAAGCAACUCGCUAACACCAAAGAAGGCUGUGCGCAGGAUCCUGUCAGACAGCAACAGCUCAGACGAAGAUGACAGAACAUUGUGUUUCACACCCACGACCACACCAAGGCAACCUGCACCUCAGACUAACAUCAAGAGCCGAGACUCGACGUCCCUGAAUUCCAAGCAGCAGAAAGAGAAAAGUAAAGUCAAGAAGAAAAGGAAGAAGGAGACAAAAAAUAAUGUUAACAAGGAGGUGCGCUUCAAUAAAGUGAACAAGUUCUGCACCUCAGACUCUGAGAUUGGGGACCUUGAGAGUGAAGACGAUAAAGGGUCCAUUCAGAAUGCAAACUGUGUAAAGGACUCUUCUACAUUGAGCCUUAAAGACCCCUCUGUCUUUACCUCUUUGUCAGUCACGUCUUCCUCCUCGCAUGGGAGUUUGAACUCACAGAAACACACACAGUCUUUGGCAGAGCAGCACCCAAAGCAGUGGAGGACAGAUGGCUGGAAAACAGUGUCUUCUCCGACAUUGUCUGAUGUCAGCUCCCUUUCGGACUCGGUCAGAACACGGCUCUCCAGUGAGUCAGACUACUCAUCUGCAGACUCCAGUGUUGAGUCUGUGAAACAGGUAAAAAAGAAAGUUCAAGACAACAGAAAGAAAAACAACACGCAUGUCAAUGCGGUAGACAAAAAGAACUCUGAGCUUUACAAGACUUCAAACACUGAGGGAGCCAUUUCUAAAGCAGACAAAGAUGGAAAAGUGUUAAAGAAACACAAAGUGAAACACAAACACAAAAGUAAGGAAAAAGAUAAGGCUCCAAGUGUGGUGUUGAGUCAAGACAUGAAUGAAAAAUUUGUCAAGAGCUUCUCUUUUGACUUUGACGAUACACGGCAGAAGUCGCUUAUUGUUGAGACAGAGUCUCCUUCAGAAAAUAGAGUCAAACUGUCCAAACAUGAGAAAGAUCAUUUCAAGAAGGAAGACAGACUGUCUAAGGGUAAAUCUGAAGACAAGGACUGGCCAGUUAAAGAAACUCAAAGGGUGGUCAAAGAGGAGAAGUCAAAAAAGACAAAGGAGUCAAACAAGGAAAAGGUGAGCAAAGAAGAGCGGGACAAACCUUUAAAGACUGAAAAGGAGAGAACCAUAAAAGACAAGGCAAAGGAGGAGAAGCAAAAAGCCCAUAAAGAUGAUAAAAAGAAAAAAUCAAAAGAUAAAUCUCUUAAAAUUGACAAAAAGAAUGAGCAAAAAGAAGAAAAACAUUUUAAACCUGAGAAAAGCAUCAAAGAAGAGAAGGAAAAGUCUAAAAGGGAUAAAAACAUCAAGGAGGAACCUGACUAUGACGACUUCGACUUAAAAAAUCACUUACUUGAAGACACCAAGAUGAGUGCGUCAGAUGACCCCCAUGAUCGGUGGCAGUCGGAUAUGUCUUCUGACAGUUCAUUGUAUGGAGAUGAUAGCUGGGAUGCCCCAGUUAAAGAAUACAAGGCAAAUAAUGCUAUCAAAUUAAUUGUAGAAACAGUAAAGGAGGAAAGCAGGGACAGAAAAAAGGAAAAUAAAUUCAAAGAUAAAAAGCCAGAUCAUGCGGACAAGCGUCCUGAAAAGGAAACUGCAUCAAAGAAGAAAGACAAGGACACAUCUGACAAGAAAACUGAGAACAAAAAAGACUGGACGGACAAACAAAAGUUCAAUUCUGGUCAGACAAUAGAAAAGGAGAAGAAACGAAAAGAAUCAGCCGAAAGCGUCAAAGAAAAGAAAGAUAAAGAUUCUGUGGACUGCGGCAGAGACAGAAAGGAUUCUUAUGAGUUUACUAAAGAAAGGAAAGACUCCAAAACAAAACAAGAAUCUCUGAGAGAUGAUUAUGGGAGCGAGGCCUUCUUUAAAGAUAAACCAGAGAGUGAAACCACUUGUAAGUCUGACCCUAGGGAGAGGAACCACUCUGGAAAGGAAAGGGAGAAGAAAAUUGAUAGUGUGGAAAAGAAAGAGAAGUCCAAAGGUGAAAAACACAAGGACAAGCCCAAGGACAGAAAUUUGGACCUGGAAAAAGAGAAAUCUGAGAAAAACUCCAUUGAUCGAUCACUAAAAGAGAAAGAUCUAGAACGGGCCUCUAAAGACAAGCGGGAUGGGGUGAAAGAAAAGCAUAAAGAUUCUCACAGCAAAGACAAAGAAAGGAAGAUGUCAUCUGAACAGAUUAAAGACAAAAAAGAAAAGGCAUCUCAGGACAAACAUGCUGACAAAGAAAAAGAUUUCCUGGAGUUUAAGAAAGAGGAGAGAAAACCUGAGAAGAAAGAGAAGACAUGGUAUACAAUCGCAGAUAUUUUUACUGAUGAGAGUGAAGAUGAAGAUGACAAUUAUAAUGGGGGUGUUGCAAAAUUAAGCGAUUCUCUCGGACUGUCAGAUUCUCACAGGAAAGAUUCCACACCUGACCUAGACGAAAUGGAUAAUUUCCAAACAGAUAAACAUAAAAAAUACUCUGAGGGGAAAACACAUUCCAUAGAAAAACAAAAGGACAAGGAACAUAAAGAUAAGAAAAAAGAGAAGGCCGCAUUUGAUGCUGGAAAAGAAAGAAAAGCCUCCAUGGAAAAACACAAAGAUAAAAAGGACAAAGAUCCAACCGAAAUAAAACACAAGGAACGUAAGGAUAGAUCUUCUGUGGAUUCAAAUCAGGAGAAGAAAAGCAAGCUGAAACUUCUUGACAAGAGGGAUGUCAGUGACGAAAAGAGCAAAAAUAAAUACAAAGACAAGACAGAGCACUUAAAAGACCGGAAACUUUCAAAGGGGAGUGGUGAAAAUGAGAAAUCUUUAUUGGAGAAGCUUGAGGAGGAGGCGAUGAAUGAUUAUAAAGAUGAUUCCAAUGAUAGAAAUAGUGAAAUUUCAUUAGAUAGUUUCACAGACCGAGGUCAUGAGCCUGUGCUAAGCAACUUCUACGAUUCCUCCAACAUCAGCAUACCUGACAUGUCAGAGGAGAGAAGAGAGUCACUGUCCAUUACCAAUCCACAGGACAGGUUCAAAGAGAAAGAGAGGCAUAGACAUUCCUCGUCUUCAUCAUCCAAAAAGAGUCAUGACAAAGAAAAAGAGAAAGUCAAGAAAGAAAAGGCAGAGAAAAAAGACAAGUCAGAGGAGAUAAGAGAAACUUAUGGUCGCAGAGAAAGCUUGCCCUUUGACAAAGAACCCAUGCCUUUAGAGGCUGAUCCUUACACUUUUCCAUAUGGCUCCAAAGUUGAUGGCGAAGAUGACUUAGAAAAGACUCUAGAGUUUGAGAAGGAGAUGUCCAAAAAAGACAAGACAAACAGUAUCAUGAACAGUGAUAAAAUAAAAGAUAAAAAGAAGAAAGAGAAACACAAGGAAAAGGUGAAAGAUGAAAAGCAUAAAUAUUCGGAUGGAUUUGGGUCCUUCAGACACUCAAAAGAAGAGCAAAAAUCUGGACUGAAGGAAAACACUCAAAUAUCAAGUCUUAAAGAGAAAUCAAAAGAAGACUGUUCUAAAUUUGAUGGCAAAAAUAAGGACAGGAAUAAAGACAUGGUGGAUAAAGACAGAACAGAGAGCAAGACAAAGGUCAAAGAUGAGAAUGACAAAUUUAGCCAGUCAAAGGAGACAAUUAGAAAGGACAAUCGCCCUCGUGAAAAGCUUUUAGUUGAUGGCGAUUUAAGACUAACAAGUUUUGGUAAAAUGCUAAGCCAAAAAGAUCAGGAGAUUGAAGAACGCCAUAAGAGACACAAAGAGAGAAUGAAACAGAUGGAAAAAUUGAGGCAUCGAUCAGGCGACCCAAAACUCAAAGAUAAAACGAAGUCAAAUGAAGAACUCAAGAAAAAUCGCAGUGAACUUUCCAAAAAAUCUGGUUCGGUGGAUGCUGCUUUGAAAGAGAAGAAGAUUAAAGAGAUUGGCCUUCCAGCCCAAAUGAUGUCACCUGAUAGAAAGCCACAACCUAUUGAGAGUCAGAACUCAAAAGACUGGCUUGCUGGUCACCAAAUGAAGGAAAGUCUUCCUGCAUCUCCACGACCUGACCAGAACAGACCAACAGGUGUCCCCACCCCAACAUCUGUGAUCUCAUGUCCAAGCUAUGAGGAAGUCAUGCAAACUCCACGUACGCCAUCCUGCAGUGCAGAAGACUAUUCAGAUAUCAUGUUUGAUGGUCUUGACUGUCAUAAUUCCUCAGCCACCACAAUGUCCAUGAAUGCUUGUUCCCCCUCCUUCUUUGAUAGAUAUUCAAACUCAUCAAAUACUUUCCAGGAGGGAACGUGUAUAACACCAGCAAAGAACAUGCAGUUACCCCUUGUAAGUCGCUCUGUCACCUCUGACGUCAGAAGACCACUUGAUAUUGAGUUCAAAGCAGAGGCAGACAAGUUAUUACGACAACACGUUCAAGAAGGCACAGAAUUUGAGUCUUCAGCCUCACAACUUUCUGAGGACAAGAUGGCAGCAGACAGACUUAAUUGCCUUUCCUCAUGUUUUUCACCCACUGCUGACAUGUCUCCCAGGCCUGACCUAUUGCAACAUGAAAGAGUACAAGAUGAAGUGUCUGCUGUAAAUUCCAUCAGUGAUGGUAAUGAAUACUCAGGGUGUGUGUAUAACAACUAUCUCUUGAAGCCCUCAACUCCAGUCCAUAGACCUGACCCCCAGGAGCCUUGUCUGGAUAUAGCUGCUCCUCCAACUCCAGCCCCUGCAGCUCUGCCUCCCAUGGAUAUAGAUGAUCUCUCAGAGCCACACCAGAGUGGACCUGGUCUAAUGCCAGCUCACCCUGUCAGUGUGAGUGACUACCUGCCUCCUGUUGUUGAAGAGCAGGAAGACGAGGAGGAGGAGGAGGAAGAAGAAGAUGAUGAAGAUGAUGCUGAUGAUUUUGUUGAGGACCCCACAGAAAGUCACCAUGCUGCAGAUGAGAGCUUGCAGGCAAGAAACAAUCCCCCUUAUUUACUCGGGAUCGAAGAAUCUGACAAAAAGGCUUGGCUUGAAUGUUCAGAUAGAAGAGAUCCUGAUGUGCUUCCCAUUACACCAGCCCAUCCACAAGACAACUACAUGGAAAACUCAUGUGAUCAGUCCUUAGGCUGGAAUACAGAAGCGCUCAUGAAGUCACCUCAUGAGAGUUACAGAGAGGUUGAGGCAGCAGUCUCAAAAAUUAGCAGUCCAUAUUCUCAUUCUGAUUGCGAUAUGCAGCAUAUCCCAAAUGUAAUCCCUGUGACACCACCUCAUUCUACUUACUCCAGAGCAUACUGUCCAUCGCAAAUUCCUGACUCUCAUUAUGAGGACCCCAAAGACACAGUGGAAGACCUUCCGUCACCUGGAAGACCUGUAACAGAGACACUGGAGUCCGAAUCACCUCAGCUAGAAAAUUUCUUUACUGAUUGUAAACCAACCCCUGAGGAAAAUCAGAUGGACUUAGAGUUGCCAUGUAUGAUUAAAGACAAUAGACAAGAGUCUCCCACCUAUCCUGCAGAGAUCAGCAUGCCCGGAGCCCCACCAGUCAACCAAGAUCCUGUUGUUUCAUGGGCAGAUCCAUUUUCUGGUGCAGCUGAUGAAAUGGAUGACAUGGGUCCGUUCUCUCUACCAGAACUUCCUUUUCAAGAGAAGGAGAUGCAGGACCCUGAUAUAACAGCCCCAGAAAUUGCAGAGAAUAAGCAUUCCCCUACUCAGACGAGACCCCCAGUUAUUGAAACAAGCGAAAAUGUUGAAAUGAUCAAUGUUGACCUGUCAAGUUUGUCUAAAGCUCCUUGUUCUCCUACAGUUGUGCCUCAUGACGAAUCUAGUCAGGAUUUGGUUCCUCCAUUAAGUAAGGAUGACUAUAGACCUCAAUGUGAGUUGGAGCCAGAGCCUCAGAACAUCCCAGAUGUUCUUCCCAUCAAAGAAACUAUCCCAGAGGAAAGGGGUGUAUUUGAAGGCAUGGAUAUAAACAAUGAUAACUUGUUACCUACUGAGGAAAAGGACCAUGAAUACAGGCAAAAAGAAAUAACCCCAGAUGCUAUGAUGCCAUCUGUAAUGGUACAAUAUUUGGAACUACCAGUCACCACAAAACCACAUUUAUUAGGACAAAAUCCUGUGGUUGCUCUGGGCCCUUCCUGUAGCCCUCAUCCUACCGUUCAUUUUCCAGCUGUGUCAAUGCCUACCAGCACCCAUGUAUCAGAGACUCUUGAGACAACUGCCAAGUUGUCAGUGACUAUACCGGUGUCUGAGACACCCAAGAAAAUUGAGGAAAUACCUCAGAGAAUUACCCGGAAAAAGGCUCAGAUGCUGGCCAAUCAAAACAAGCAGAGUGCUGCACUAAGCUCAUCAAGCAUCACUCAUUCGGUAUCCUCAUCACCAAUAACCACAAGUGUUACCACCCCAUGUGUCACGUUAGAAAAGGAGAAAGAGACCAUCAGCUCAAGCAAUGUUCAAACAUCGGCACCUUCUGCACCUGCAUUAAUCACCAAAACAAAAGGCAGGCCCAUUGAGGAUGAUGACAACCAGUCCCAACAUCCACGCAAGAGAAAGUUUCCAAAAUCAGGCCAGCAGCAGGUGCAGGUUCAGUUGGUGAACACCGCAAUGAAGCAGACUCGGGAGAUGAUCCAACAAACUCUAGCAGUCAUCGUGAACGCCAUCAAAUUGGAUGAAAUCGAGCCAUACCACAGUGACCGUUCCAACCCCUAUUUUGAAUACCUUCAGAUCCGCAAGAAAAUCGAAGAGAAGAGGAAGAUCUUGUGUUACAUAACUCCUCAAGCCCCUCAGUGUUAUGCAGAUUAUGUGACAUACACAGGGUCCUAUCUGCUUGAUGGCAAGCCUCUGAGCAAGCUUCAUAUUCCUGUGAUCGCACCACCACCAUCUUUGUCAGAGCCCCUGAAGGAGUUGUUCAGACAGCAAGAGGCCGUGAGAGGAAAACUAAGACUACAGCACAGCAUUGAGAGGGAGAAGCUGAUCGUAUCCUGUGAGCAGGAAGUGCUACGUGUUCACUGUAGAGCAGCAAGAACGAUUGCAAAUCAGGCCGUUCCUUUUAGUGCUUGCACAAUGCUGCUAGAUUCAGAAGUCUACAACAUGCCAUCAGAAAGCCAGGGGGAUGAAAACAAGUCUGUGAGAGAUCGCUUCAAUGCUAGGCAGUUUAUCUCCUGGAUUCAAGAUGUGGAUGAUAAAUACGACCGUAUGAAGACGUGUUUGCUAAUGCGGCAGCAGCAUGAGGCCGCUGCGCUGAACGCAGUGCAAAGGAUGGAGUGGCAACUCAAGGUACAGGAGCUGGACCCUGCUGGACACAAAUCUCUGUGUGUGAACGAGGUUCCCUCCUUCUACGUGCCAAUGGUCGACGUCAACGACGACUUUGUACUGUUGCCUGCGUGACACCAACACACAUUCAGACUCGGAGAGUUCGGUCUAAUAUAAUCAUCUAUCAAAGAGACAUCAAACAAAGUUCGGUAAGGGCUAGCCAGUUUGAGGAGAUUUCUUUGAGGAGAGAAAAUAUAUAUUAUAUAGAAAAAAGGUAAAUGACAUAAAACUCAUCCUUUUCUGCCCGGGGAGGAGCUGUCUUUUUAACGGGAGGAAAAACACAACUUGCACUUUUAUCCUCAAGUUUUUAUGGUUUUGUUUGAGAUUGAAAAAAGCAAGUCUGCUUUGAACCCUGUCCCUCCUGUCUUGGGUUAUUUGGGUGAACAUACGGGACUGAAUUUUUCUCUGUCCCAGCCCAUGCUAAGUUACAACAAACAAGGAGCUUGAGACAGGCUCGUCCACCUAUGUGCUCCAGAACAAGGGGACAGACACGGCACAGUGGUGGACACAGAACUCCGAACAUGGCCAACACCUCAAUGUGCAGGCACAACAGAGACACGAAAGAGUGCGACAGGAGUGCGAACACACCUUCUCCUUGUUUGAACCCGAGUCCACAAUGGCUACAGCAGUGGAGAGAGUGGCUUUCCUGCUGUACAGCACCCCGUGCAGCCCCACAUUCAGGGCAGGAAGCUGCAUGCAGGGGCGAGCAGCAGCUCGGUGCCAGAGCCCAGAGGAGAGACUGCGUUCAGUUUGAGGGCGUGAGAUCUAGAGUGCCCUCACCAGGCGACAGCAGUGCAUUUGGUCUCAGAUGCACAGUUGGAUGGUCCCUAAACCAGACCUGACGUGCCCGGUUUCAUAAGGAAAAGAGACUAAUAAUGUACGAGCAAAUGUUGCUGUCACAAAUCACGAGACGAGGACUUACAAGAGUAUAGUUUAUUCUUUUUUUAAUGUUUGUUUUUGGUUUAUGUCUUUCUUUACUCGGGCAUUUCAUUGUUCCCUUUCUGAGGAAGUGACUUGAAACACUACAGAGCCAACAUUAGUUUAAUGGAAAAAAAUACAAAACUGAAAAAAAAAAGUAUUGGGUAAAUGAUGUACAGUUUUAUAAUCAUUAACCAAUGUAUUCUCGCUGCCUUCUAGAUAAUUUAUUUUGCCACACAUUACUGCACAGUUGUAAAUAACUUAUGUACUGUAACAUCACUCAGUUAAGUGUAAAAAAAUAAAUGAAUAAAAGUUAUCAUUGUAUGUACAGUUCACUUUCGGGCAGCACUUCCCCCUUCCCACCCCUCCCCCAA